AUUCUCAGCUGCAGCUGUCUGACGGUCACACGGAGGGCUGACCGAAAAGUUUCCUCCUUCUCUUUUUCUCCUCCGGACUCCUGGGCCUCCUCUCCCUCCCUAACAUGCCGGGGGACUGACGGAGGGAUGAAGGAUGGCGUCGGCCGUGUUUGAAGGCACGUCUCUGGUCAACAUGUUCGUCCGGGACUGCUGGGUUAACGGGAUCCGGAGACUCAUCAUCAGCCAGCGAGGGGAGGAAGAGGAGUUCUUCGAGAUCAGAACCGAGUGGUCCGACAGGAACAUUUUAUACCUCCACAGGAGUUACUCAGAUCUGGGACGGCUGUUUAAAAAGCUGCUGGACUCUUUCCCUGAGGACAGAAGGGACCUGUCCAAAUGUCCUCUGAUAGAAGGUUUGGUAAAAAUCAAAGAGGCACACGACACGGAGGAGAAGCUGAACGAGGUGGAGGGACUACUAAAGAAUGCCAUCAACAUGCCGUGCAAGUAUUCCCGGUCAGAGGUGAUGUUGACUUUCUUUGAGCGCUCGCCGCUCGAUCAGGUGCUCAGGAAUGACAAGGUCCACAGAAUCCAGCCCUGCUUUCAGAAUCCGAUCAAAAUAUCAGAAAUCAUGCGGUCAAAUGGAUUCUGUUUGGCGAACACAGAGACGAUAGUCUUUGAUCACAGUAUCCCUGAAGAAAAAGAGAGACCUUCAUCUACGGACUCUGUAGAACAUACGUAUGAGGAUGAAACAGAGUUCUUACCAAUGGAAACAGAAGUAUGUGAUGAAGAAACAGAGGCGUAUGUCACCAACCUGUCCUACUACCACUUGGUCCCAUUUGAAACGGACAUCUUGGAAUGACGCUGACUGAUAGCAGUUUGAUAAACCAAACUAUGCAAUUCUAGCUGCUCCAGUUCAGUGCUGCUGCUGCAGCAAAAGUAUCGCUUUAGUUUCUUAUGGACCAAAACUUUGGCAAAAAACAGCAUCACCACUUUAACCAUCACCAGUGUGCCUCAUCUGAAGCCUUACGUCUAUUGUUUGACUGACUUGGCAGCAAUCUUGAUUCAUUUUAACCAUGUCAUUUGUUCCUGUAUCAGCUUCUGAUACCAUUGGCCUGGUUUGUUGGGUAGCCUAUGGUCCUCUGAUAUAAAUAUCUUCUCAAAGUGUUAACUACCGUACAAACCUCUGUGAAAGCCUACGAUGAAGCUUCACCUGUGACCAUUGUUAAUGGUUCUCUCUUCACCAGCUUUCAGUUUCAGACUGUGUUCCAUCCCUGCUGGAAAGACCAGCGUAGACCAGCAUAGCUGGUUAGCUGCUUUGGUGCUCGUUGAGAUGGUGGAUCAGCAUCCAAUCACCAGCUUCACAUGCUGGACCAGCAUAACAGCACCAAAACACAUCAUAUGCUGGUCUAUGCUACACCAAGAAGUCAGAGUCAGAAAAAUUGUGGGUCUGUCCAAAUCCAGGUAAAGUAUUCUUGUGAGGACUCGUUCUACCAGGUCUUUUCUCAACUGCUACGACCGGGAAUGAGUGGCUGUGAAUUGGGAAGGUCUAGCUUUCAUAUUUAUUCCUGUGCCUUCCUCAGCGUAUGUCGUGUUCCUGGCAACCGUUCCCGCUUUUCCCGUGAUUAUAACCAGAAAGAAAAUCUUGUUCAGUUGCAAUAAAUCCUGGGAUAGCCUUUACUAUCUCCAUACUCCAGACCUGUCAUUGAAAUUCAGUGAAAAUGAAGAAGGAUUGGAGGACACGUUUGGAGUGUCCUUGGAAUUUGUUGGGCCUUGUUGCUUCGGUGCGACGUAAUUUGCCUUAAAAUGUGUACUCGGUUGGAUGCAGCCCCUGGAUUUGGACAUGCCCUCUGUUGCUGUAAUGCUGCCUGAGAUGAUUGUUCUCUACAAGAGCCAACUGAGGGUGAAUCAAAAAGCUUCAGAUAACUUUAGUCAUCUUAUCGGUAUUGGUUCUUUACCACUGACAUUUAUUUUCCUUCACCUUUUUUUAGUUGUGAUAUUACGUCCGUGAUAGGAUAUUUUAAAAGUUGAGGCACAAGACUGCAACAAGUAUGGAAUUAGGCAUGCACCGAUAUGAAGUAUUUUGGCUGAUAUCGAUAUCCAAUAAUAAUGUCACUGUUAAGGCUGAUUACCAAUUUUUGCCGAUAUCGAUUUAUGCUUCUGAAAUAAGCAAAUUUUGUACAGACUAAAAUGAUGCAAGUUGAAUUUUUGAAUGCUUUUCUAUUUUUCUAUAAAGUGGAAUUUCCAAUAUGUUAUUUACACACACACCACACACAUUUAUGCUUCUGAGAUGAUUACCAUCACCAUCAUAGGACUAAACAACUACACAUCACCCCCCUCACCAUCUGAAACAGACAAACAAAUGGAGACAAGAUGGGAAAAAUAUCGGCUGUUAAUAUCAGCCCAGUUUUUCUUAUAGGACAGAUACCGAUAUGUUCAAAAAUUGGCCGAUAUCAAUGCCGAUAUUGUGCAUCCCUAAUGGAAAUUACAGAUCAUGUAUUUGUUCUGAUGCCAGUGUGAUGUUUUGAAUCUAAAGCUCUUGCUAUAAUGUUUUAAUGGUGUUUUAGUGUUUCCUGGGCUAUAGAAAUGACAUAUUAAAACUAACAAAGCAUAUUUACAAUUUUCUUUCCCAUAUUUCAACAGAAUACUGCUUAGAUGUUCUUAUUUACACAACAUCUUAUUUUAUUUUUUGUAUUAAAUCAUAAUUGUUAAUUAUCAUUUUCUAAACCACUAAGUUAAUAGAAAGAGGCAGAGACUGAGGUUUGGCCACUUUGUGGGACAGAAAUCAACUUUCCUGCUGUUGUUGCCAUCUGAUGAGUGAUGAAAUGAGGUAAAGAGAGCUUUGUUAAAAGGCUCCUCUGAGGUCAUUUCUGUCCCGACGAGUGAAACCAGUCAGCCUCAGAGAGAGUGGGAGUUUGCUUCUUGGCCUGGAAUAAGCAGAACAAAAAUGUCUUUAUCUAAAUCUGACAAACAACUUUAUUGUAUUUGAAAAGCAAACAAAUUAAUAAUCAAGCCUUUAUAUGUUUUCUGUUGUUAUAGGUAGCAACAUUUAACCGUGAAGCGUCUUUCUGAACUAAAAGGGUAUAAAUCGAAAUUAGCUUUGGGGUAUUAAUCAUUGUUUUGAGGGUUUUAUCCUCUCUAUGAGACCCCGUGGUUGAAGAAUAAAGGCCUUUAAAUACAACAGCAUGAACCACCGAGGAACUUGGCACAAACACCCAGAGUGGGGUUAGUAACAGUGUCUCUCGUCAUCCCGUGUGAAAGUAAAGCUCUUGCAAGGGGAACACAACAGAUUCAUGCUGUUUUAUUUUUUCUUUCACUCAUAAAGAUAUUGAUCGUUAGAUUGAGCACAAAUAAAUCCAACAGUUCUACUGAUAAUAAGCUCAAACUUAUUUUUAAAUGUUUUUCAAUUACGUUUAUUUUGCCAAUAAUUGCUUGAGUUAAUAAAAAAGGUUCAACGUCUAUAAAAACUAAACUCCUUUAAAAACUGUGACCUAUUCUAGACUGUUUUUGAUGGCCAUGGUAUAAAAGUUGUUACAUUACUUGUGUGUUAUGGCUGCUGUGAUAAAGCAGGAUUAAAAAUACAGUUUUAAUGAACAUUUAUGCUCAUUGUGCAGUUUGAGGCUUUUCAAGAGUCAUUCAAGCUCAUCAAGAUUUAAAAUGUCGAGAAAAACAAACAAACUUUUGAUUUACUUUGUAAGUUUUUGACACUUUGUGUGCAACUAACAAUUAAAUGUGUUGUGUAUAAUAAGUUUACAUGUUCAUGUCAAAUGAGGAGGAUCCUGUGUAAAUAUGUAAGAGUAGUAUUUUCUAUUAAUGCAGCUCAGUAUCAGAUAAAUGUUAUGGCUUUGAAAGCCUAAAAAUGAAAUAAAUGUGUUUUUAAUAAA